AUGGCGCUUGCUAUCGACAAAUGUCAACUGACUAGAUUUCAUGGUGGCCUUCGGGCCCUUCAUUGUGCUGAUGAAACUGCUGUUGGGUGGGUUCUGGGAUUUGAAGUUGAUCCUGUGAAUUCUGUCCAGUUUUCAAACCACACAGGUUAUGCUCAUUGGAAGGGUCAGAUGUUAAAUUCAGCUGAACUCAAUGAGUUGUAUGAAGGACUUAAACUGAACAAUGUCAACCACUAUGACUACGUACUCACAGGUUACACGAGGGACGCAUCAUUCCUUGCAACGGUGGUUGAUAUCGUUCAGGGGUUGAAGCAACAGAACUCUGACCUGGUGUACGUGUGUGAUCCAGUGAUGGGUGACAAAUGGAAUGGAGAAGGCUCUAUGGUUGGUAAUCGUCUGCUUGAACCAUAUUUAGAUUGA